GCGUUAUCUCCCUUGCUCUGUUCACUUUCCACUACUAUUUCUUCUCCACAAAAACAAUAGAGAGAGAGAGAGAGAGAUACUCAAAACAGAAGCUUUUAGUAGAAUAUUGAGAGAGAUGGGAAAUUGCCAAGCCAUUGAUAAUGCAACACUGCUUAUACAACACCCUAGUGGCAGAGUUGACAAACUCUAUUGGCCAGUACCUGCUAACCAAAUCAUGAAAAUGAAUCCAGGCCAUUAUGUUGCUCUUCUUCUUACCACUACCACCUUGUGUCCGCCCACUAACCCCACCGCGACAGCCACCGCAAACAGAAAUAGCAGUGCAGGCAAAAAUACUGGUAACAUGCCAGUUCGUAUAACGCGGAUUAAGCUUCUCAAGCCGACGGAUACACUUGUUCUUGGUCAUGUUUACAGACUAAUUACUACUCAAGAGGUGAUGAAAGGGUUAUGGGCUAAGAAGUAUGCCAAGAAGCAGCAGCUACACUCCGGGGAGAAACAAGAUAAGUCAACUCAUGAGAAAAUUUCAACUUCACAGUCCAGGAAUGGUCAAAGAAGAUCUGAAGUGGACAACUCCAAACAGGUGAAGCAAGAAAAGCAUCGGAGCUCCACAGGUGCAAAACCCAAAACAUGGCAUCCCAAACUUCACAGCAUAUCUGAGUCUACAAACUGAGACUUUGAUUCUUCUAUUGGAUUUGUGUAUGAGAUUCUGGACUAGAAGAAGGAGAAACCAUAUUUCCACCAGAGAAAUAGAAAAAGGAAAUAAAAAAAAAAAAAAAGAUGGCUGGAGAUGGGUAGUUUUUCGUCAUAAAAUUAGAGCUAGCUAGCAGUCUAGCUAUGCAGAAUUAAUCACAUGUACAGCAGAUAUGAGAAAGGAACCCAAAAAAAAAAGAAAUUCACAUGGCUUACCUUUGUAAUCAUUUGGAUGCCUUCUUUUAUUGAAAAGAAUUGUAGGCUUUGUUGGAAUCACCAAAUUUUGUUACUUUGUCUGGACUCUAAUAGACUUCGAACGUUGAAUGAAA